UUGAAAAUUUCCUACUAACUACUAAGACUAGACUCACUUGUCUCUUCAGACAGAGGGAGAGAAGGAGAAAGCAGCCACACCCCACUUGAUCAUACAACGGGCUGCGUGAUGAAGACGGUCUUCAAUCAAUUACUGCAUGGAAUUAGUAUAAGAAAAAGGAACUCCCUCAUUCAUUCAUCUUGUUUUUUUCCUUCUACAAGUCUGUAUCAACUGCAUCCUCAUUCAAGCUGUAUCUAGCUAGCUAGCCAACCUGGCUACCUCUUUCAACCCCACUAUGAUGGCUGCUCUUGAUGGCGGUAUCCGCAACCACAAGGUUGAAGUUCUUAAAAUAGAGUUGGAGCGUUUGAGGAAAGAAAAUGAAGAUCUUCGGCUUGGUCUAGAAAUUAUGGGUAGUAAAUAUGAAGUUCUUCAAGCUCAUCUUCAGAAGAAUAUGGCCACCAUUUCACCUGAUCAUGGAUCAAGCCAAGACUCAAACAAGAGGCCGAGGACCGAAGAAGUUUCGGUAGCCAAGGCAUCACAAGUGUUUGUGAGAACCAAUCCAAAAGACAAAAGCUUAACAGUGAAAGAUGGAUUUCAAUGGAGGAAAUAUGGGCAGAAGAUUACCAAGGAUAAUCCAUCUCCUCGAGCUUACUUCAGAUGUUCCAUGGCUCCACAAUGCCCAGUGAAAAAGAAGGUGCAGAGAUGCAUGGAGGAUAGCUCAAUUCUGGUUGCAACCUAUGAAGGAGCACACAACCAUGAACCACCUCAUGAUGCACCAGCAGGUGGUUCCUCAUAUUCACCAGAUAGCCCAAUCAAGGGCUUGGUGGCUAAUUUCCCAUGUCCAACCACAGUAGAUCCAUUUCAACCUACUGUUACCCUCGAUCUAACUCUUUCCGGGACCGGGACCGGGACGGGUCAGGAGAAGAGAAGGCCUCAAAAUUUUAUGGAAGAUUACCGGAAGAGCAACUGUGGCAGAGUUGAAGAAUAUGUGGCAUCCUUAACUAAAGAUACUAACUUCACCCUUGCUUUGGCUGCUGCGGUCGCACGAUCCAUCACCGACCAGCCUAAACCAACAAAAGCUUGAUCAUUUAUUCAUGGAGAUUGUUAGUGUGGUUUCCAGUUGAAUUAAGGACAAAUUAAGGAGAAAGAAUUUGAUUUUCAUGUUUCAAUUUGAGAAUGAAUUUGUCAUAUAGCUAAUAUUUCUUUCCCCUAAUAUAGACAAUGUUUGGAAAGUGUCCCAUAUUUCUUUCCCUUGAUAUAGAAGUUGUUGGGAAGUGUCUCAAAUUUGUGUAAAUUCAUUUUUCUUAUAAAGAAUAUUUUCUUUAUAAAUGGAAAAGGUUAUGAAA